AUGUAUAGGCAAAUACCCAUUGACAAACGAGACAUCGACUAUCAGCGCAUCCUCUGGAGCGCCGAUGCAUCGGAACAACCGCGGGCUUAUCAGCUACUUAUCGUAAUAUAUGGGACCGCAUCCGCUUUGUUUCUUGCUCUUCGAGUUUUACAACAGUUGGUAACGGAUGAAAGCACGCCAUUUCCUCUCGCGUCCACUACCUUAAAGGACAAUAUCUACAUCGACGACGUGUUGUUCGGCGCAUCCGAUGUUGCCACACUUCAAGAAGCCUGCCUUCAACUGGAACGAUUGCUUCAGAAAGGUGGAUUUCAGCUGCACAAGUGGACUGGUUCUGUUAUACUAUUCGAAAUUUUCUCCACGGGAAAGACAAUCACAGAUAUAAAUCUGAAUGACAUUGUCCAACAAUGCAUAAAUCUAUAUAAUAUGCAAAUAUAUAAAUUGAUCGGCAUUGCUGCAUACACAGGAUACAAGACGAGAUUAACACAAGUAGGGCACUACACGGCACUUGCUCUACGAAUGGGACAACGGAUUGAAUACAAUGAUCUGGAAAACAAGGAAAAACAUAUUAAAUCAAAUAUGAAAAGAAUGCCGCGGGUACAAAAUCUGCAAUUACAUAUUUUAGUAGCACAAAAUAAACGGUAUCUGUUGCAAGAGUUGCGAUGGACCGGGCAGCAAGCCGACGACGUUCUAAUGGAAUACCAUGGCUUUUCCGACGCCUCGUCUGCUGUGUUCGCCGCGGUAGUCUACCUGCGAACUGUAUCUCGUUCCGGCACCGUCAAUGUGGCUUCACUGACGGCCAAAUCGAGAGUUGACCCGGUAGCCACUUUGAGCAUUCCUCGGCUCGAGCUUUGCGCCGCCCUGCUGCUCUCGCGAUUACUGAAUUUUGUUCAAGAAACUUUUGCGCUCACGGACCUUCCGUGUUUCUGUUGGACCGACUCGAAGGUUGUAUUAGCAUGGCUUAACAAGCAGCCUUCAACGUGGAAGACUUUCAUCGCCAAUCGAGUAGCGGAAAUUCAAGCCUGGACUAUUCUCGCUGCCUGGCGACACGUGUCGACGCAUGCCAAUCCGGUGGACUGCGCGUCGCACGGUGUAUUCGGCGACGAACUCGGCGAUCUGAGAUUCUGGUGGGACGGUCCAUCUUGGCUCAAGCAGUCAGAAGAAAGCUGGCUGCUCCCAGAAUAUUCAAUCCCCGCGCGCGACGAGGAUCUGGAGCAAGCGCUAUCUCGUUCCAAGCCGCUGUCGCCCAAAUCAUCACUACUGUCAUUAAGGCCUUUCCUCGACUCCGACGGCUUGUUGCGAAUAGACGGCCGGCUGGAGGAAUCUAAUCUUCCAUUCAAUCAAAAGCAUCCAGUGAUAUUAGCUUCUGAUCCGUUAGUCAAGUCGAUCAUUGUCGGUGUACACUAG